CUUACCUGGCAACAUGUUAACCGUUGAUCGUAUCGUCAUAGAGGUGGAACCCUGUCUUCGGUGUCUCCAGUUCGAACAGAAAAAGGAGACGCGCCGCCUCCCCUACGCUCUCCGUCUCCUCCUCCAGUCGUCGUCCUCCUCCUCUCCACCAAAUGGAAAUUCCUACAAGUAGAAUUUAGAAGCAGGAACCCAAAAAUGAUGAUUCCGGCCAGCAAGAAAAAACAGGGACCCUGAUAAUAUCUAUGUAAGUAAAAGAGGGAUGGCAUGCGCUUGCGGUUAUUGUUGCAGGCCCUUGUUCCUUUCUUCACCCUUCGCCUUCCCUUCACCCUCUACUCCCUCAAGCUAUGCGCCGCCCACCACCCCAUUUCUCUUUUCCCACUUAGCCAUCUGCGCGUCUUUUAAACCAGUUAUUGCUGCUGCUACUACUAACUCCUUGCCCUUCCCUUUGCUCUCUCAUGGUCAUGGUGGGGGUUGUGACGGCAACAACAACAAUAACAAUGAUGGUCCAUUUGGGUCUGACUCUUGGCGGUGGAAUGACGAUUCAUCAUCUUCUCAUUCUCAUCCUUUUCUUUUAUUUCUUUCUUCAUUCGUUGCUUGCUUCUGCCCUUCCCAAUUAUCUUCCGCCCUUGCAAGAACCAACGAGGAUUCCCAGGAGGAUGACGUGGUUUGGGAAGUGAAAGGGAGCAAGUGGACUAAGCUCAUUCCUGAUUUCUCCGAGGAUGCAUUUGUUGCUUCGAACGGGAUUGUGAAUUUGACAAAAUCGUUGUCGCUGUCAACUGUUUGGCGGCAAUGCAGAGACAUUGUCAUGCGGUUGCUGCUCCCUGAAGGUUUCCCUGACAGCGUUACCAGUGAUUAUCUUGAUUACUCUCUUUGGAGAGGCGUACAGGGCGUUGCUAGCCAAAUCAGCGGCGUUCUUGCCACCCAAGCAUUGCUUUAUGCUGUUGGAUUGGGGAAAGGAGCUAUUCCCACAGCUGCUGCUAUCAAUUGGGUGUUAAAGGAUGGGAUUGGUUAUUUGAGUAAAAUCAUGUUGUCCAAAUAUGGAAGGCAUUUUGAUGUCAAUCCUAAAGGAUGGAGGCUAUUCGCUGAUCUCCUGGAAAAUGCUGCCUUUGGAUUAGAAAUGUUGACCCCUGCUUUUCCACAUCUCUUUGUUCCUAUUGGUGCUGCUGCUGGGGCUGGAAGAUCAGCAGCUGCUCUCAUCCAGGCUGCUACUAGAAGUUGCUUCUAUGCUGGUUUUGCUGCUCAAAGGAACUUUGCAGAGGUAAUUGCUAAGGGUGAAGCUCAGGGAAUGGUAAGCAAGUCCAUUGGAAUCGUGCUUGGUAUAGCAUUGGCUAACUGUGUAGGCUCAUCUACAUCUCUUGCCCUUGCUUCGUUUGGUGUUGUUACUUGGGUCCACAUGUACUGCAAUCUGAAGUCAUACCAAUCUAUUCAACUGAGGACAUUAAAUUCCUAUCGUGCAAGUUUAGUUUUCAGUGAAUAUCUCCUGAGUGGCCAGGCACCUUCAAUCAAAGAGGUCAAUGAUGAGGAACCACUUUUUCCAGCUGUACCAUUCCUUAAUUUAUUGUCUGCAAACAGAGAACGAUCAGUUGUACUAUCUUCAGAAGCAAAGCAGGCUGCUGCUGACAUUGAGCGCCGGCUGCAGUUGGGGUCAAAACUCAGUGAUAUUGUCAACAACAAGGAGGAUGCACUAGCACUAUUCAGUCUGUAUAAAGAUGAAGGCUAUAUUCUGACUGAACACGAAGGAAAAUUCUGUGUAGUGCUUAAAGAAAGUUCUUUACCACAAGAUAUGCUCAAGUCAUUGUUCCAGGUAAAUUAUUUGUACUGGUUGGAGAGGAAUGCAGGAAUUGAAGCAAGCGGUGCCUCUACCGACUGCAGACCCGGGGGAAGGCUGCAAAUAUCUGUGGAGUACGUGCAAAGGGAAUUCAACCAUGUUAAAAUUGACAGUGAAUCAGUGGGAUGGGUAACGGAUGGACUUAUUGCAAGGCCUUUACCAAAUAGAAUCCGUCCUGGUCACAGGGACGCAUCAACUGCCAGUUGAUACGAAAUGGAAAGUGUUUCCAUACAAUCAUAUGUGACCGACUGUUAGCAAGUUGAAGGUGAAUGAGAUCACUAUAUGCUUUUCUUCGGUUACAACUUCCUUGCAGCAAAAACAUAUAGCUAACUUUAUCCGAUCGGGAUCUCAGGGAGUUGUGCUGCUGAUGUAUCACAAAAGAAGCCAAGGUGGAAUGCUGUUUGUAAUUCACCCAUUUAAUCAUUGUCUUGUCACAGAGGUUACAUAGUUGAUAGUAAUAGACUAAAUUUUGUAUGUUGGACCAUUACGCACAGGAUAUCUUUCUUUUUUGCUUUAGAAGGUGGGAAUGGAUAGAAAAGCAAUACGUUUCUCAUUGUAAGAAGUUUCCUUUACAAGACAAUUGGACAGGUAUAAAUUUAGUGAAAUUGUUGCUUGUACGAUCCAUAUUUA